CCUGCCUCCACCUUCUCCGUCCGAUCAAGACACCGCUCCGCAAAAAUCUCCAGACAAAAAAUCUUGCCCAUCCAGAAAAACGCUCCCGCCUCCGGUCAUCUUUCCUUCCUUCCCUUUUCACCGGCCGUCUCCCUCUGUUGACUUCCGGAUCUGACUCCUUUUCAACUCAACCCCAUUCCUCACCCCUCGCCGGCGAUGGGUAGCUGUAACAGCGUGCCUUCCUCCUCCGCCGCCACCGGUGGCGGACGCACCAACGGGAUCACUGUCCUCCCUCCAAACGCCGCCGCCGCGCCCCGCCCUCCCCCGCCGCCGACCCACUCGCAACCAGCCUCUUCCGACCACCCCGCCCCCUCCGCCGGCGUCGGCCGCGUCCUGGGUCGGCCGAUGGAGGACGUACGGUCCACUUACAUAUUCGGCCGGGAACUGGGUCGGGGCCAAUUUGGAGUUACCUACUUAGUUACCCACAGGGAGACUAAAGAGCAGUUCGCCUGCAAGUCAAUCGCAUCGAGGAAGCUGAUCAAUCGCGACGACAUCGAAGACGUCCGCCGCGAGGUGCAGAUUAUGCAUCACCUGACCGGCCACCGGAACAUAGUCGAGCUGAAGGGUGCGUACGAGGAUCGACAUUCGGUUAAUUUGGUGAUGGAGCUGUGUGCCGGCGGGGAGCUCUUCGAUCGGAUCAUCGCCAAAGGACAUUACUCCGAGAGGGCAGCAGCUGGGCUUUGCCGGCAGAUGGUCACGGUGGUGCACAAUUGCCAUUGUAUGGGGGUUAUGCAUAGGGAUUUGAAGCCGGAGAAUUUCCUCUUCUUGAGUACCGCCGAGGAAUCGCCUCUCAAGGCUACUGACUUCGGGCUCUCUGUGUUUUUCAAGCCAGGAGAUGUGUUUAAGGAUCUUGUUGGAAGUGCAUAUUAUGUAGCUCCUGAAGUUUUGCGCAGAAGCUAUGGUGCUGAGGCUGAUAUUUGGAGUGCUGGGGUUAUCUUGUACAUUUUACUUAGUGGAGUUCCGCCAUUCUGGGGAGAGACAGAGCAGGCUAUCUUUGAUGCUGUUUUGCAUGGGCAUAUUGAUUUCUCUUCAGAGCCAUGGCCUUCCAUAUCAAGUAGUGGUAAAGAUCUCGUCAAGAAGAUGCUGAGGGCUGAUCCAAAGGAAAGGCUAUCAGCAGUUGAAGUGCUCAAUCAUCCAUGGAUGAGAGAAGACGGUGAUGCAUCCGAUAAGCCUAUUGAUAUUGCUGUUUUAUCAAGAAUGAAACAGUUCAGGGCUAUGAACAAGCUAAAAAAAGUAGCUCUGAAGGUAAUCGCAGAAAAUCUUUCUGAGGAAGAAAUCAUGGGGUUAAGAGAAAUGUUUAAAUCCAUGGACACGGAUAACAGUGGAACCAUAACUUACGAGGAGUUGAGGGCUGGUCUUCCAAAGCUCGGCACCAAGCUGUCCGAGUCUGAAGUCAGGCAAUUAAUGGAAGCGGCGGACGUGGAUGGAAAUGGGACAAUUGACUACAUAGAGUUCAUCACCGCAACCAUGCACUUGAAUAGAAUGGAAAGAGAGGAUCACUUGUACAAGGCUUUUGAAUAUUUCGACAAGGACAAGAGCGGGUACAUCACCAUGGAAGAGUUGGAGCAUGCGCUUAAGCAAUACAACAUGGGUGAUCCCAGAACGAUCAAGGAGAUCAUUGCAGAAGUAGACACUGACAAUGAUGGAAGAAUCAACUACGACGAGUUUGCAGCAAUGAUGAGAAAAGGCAGUCCAGAGUUGGUCCCCAACAGACGGCGCAAGUAAGCUGAUGGUAUCCGUCUGAGAUCCAUUCUCGACCACUUAAGGUUUUGUAAUGCAUUAGGAACGAGUGUCUGUUGUUGAGAGAAGAGUGCGUUUGGCACAUUGACUGUUUCACAAUAAAUGCGAUAGUAAAUUCCUCUUUACAUUUGUUUUUUUUAUCAGUGUCCGUGAGCAAUGAGCUGAGCAUCCAUAUCUGCUAUCUUUUCCCAAUUGCAUUAUGACGUGGAUUGGAGCUCAUCAAUGUCAUUGAUGUAGGAAAUGAUGUAAUUAUGCAAGCUUUCGUAGAAAGACCAAUUGCAAUGCCAACGUAGAUGGACAUCAUAGGGGGUCUGGUCCUAUUUUUCUUUGUGUCAUUUAAAUGAAUUAAAAUAUACUUGAUAUGAGUUAUUUUUUUAAUAUGCAAUUAUAAAUGAAUUCCAUUAAUGUAGAGGCAAUGAAAUUCAAAUGAGUUGAAUUGCAAAAAUUUGAUGAGGCGUCUAUAGAAAUCACAUCG